AUGCCCCGCAGCGUUCGAUCUCAGGACCGGGACACCCUGGGCCACGGUGCCCUUGUCGGCGCGCGGCGCUGUAGCAGCGCCCGCCUCCCGCUUCCCGCCUCCUGCCUCGGUGGCCGCGCAGGGUGGGAGUCGAGAGCAUCCCCAAGCGCCCAAGCCAUGGUGGCCAAACAGCGGAUCCGGAUGGCUAACGAGAAGCACAGCAAAAACAUCACCCAGAGGGGAAACGUAGCCAAAACCCUGGUUGACCACAUAGAUAUUGGCUUUUCCUGGAGAGCCAGAACAUUCUGGAAACUGCUCCCAGAGAAAGUCAUCCCAGAGACCAUCAUGAGGUGCAUGAGAACCGGACAGCCCCAGAGGACCAAGACAGACGGUCUGGAGGAGACAUCUCAGCAGCCAUCGACUCUCACAAGCUAUCUUCCAGAUCAUACAGAGCAUAAGGAUGGGCAUGUGAGAGGGCCAGGAUGGUGUACGCUGCUGCCCUCCUGCUGGCAGGUGAAGGACCACUGA